UAAAAACAAUGACAAUUGCAGCAACCAAUUCGACAUGGGGUAAUUUUUACUUGGGUAAAAAAAAAUCGAUUUAGUUCUCGUGCUUAUAAGUGGCAGACAGUUAAUGAUUAGGUUGUGUAUCUAAUGGCAAUUGAAUGUUUACAAUAUCGAUUUAUUUGAUUAGCUUUAUUACCGUGAGGCUACAUUUAGAUUGGUACAAGUUAGCAGGGAGAUAUACUUCGGCACAAAUUAGUUUCUUAUCUGUAUUAUUUCCGUAUUAUUAUAAAAGACUCAUUAAACAUUUUCGAAACCAAACCAAAACUUACGUUUGAAAUAAUUAACUCAUUCUAAACGAUUUCUCAUUUGUUGUUUGUUUCAUUCCAUCGAAAUCAACUAACCAAAUCAUACCGAAUUCGUGAAACCAAACCUCCACCAUGUUCUGGACAUCCCCAAAACAAAAUCUAUUCAAUAUAAUAAACUGUAUAUAUGCAUAUCACAUCAAAUCGUAAGACAGCCCUUGAAAUAAUAACAGAUCGAAUCGAAUAUCAAAUCACCCCAUACUCGCAUACCCUCGAAUGUUCGAGGUUCAAGUUCGCCCCUGUGAGUCCACAUGUGUUCGUGUCUGAGCUAUCAAACAGAAAAAUUCUUAAACAUUUUGUGUGCCCAAUGCAAAGCAAUGCGACGUGCAAACAUCAAACGUGGUCAAUGUUUGAGCUCAAGACCACAAGGUAGCAGCAAAAUGGAUCGCUACGAGAAGCUCAGUCGGCUGGGCGAGGGCUCCUACGGCGUGGUCUACAAGUGUCGGGAUCGGGAGACGGGUGCUCUGGUGGCGGUGAAGCGGUUUGUGGAGUCCGAGGACGAUCCAGCGAUUCGAAAAAUUGCACUGAGAGAAAUUAGGCUACUAAAGAACCUGAAGCAUCCGAACCUUGUCUCCCUGCUAGAAGUGUUCCGACGGAAGCGGCGCCUCCACCUGGUCUUCGAGUUCUGCGAGCUGACCGUGCUGCACGAACUGGAGCGCCAUCCACAGGGCUGUCCGGAGCACCUGACCAAACAGAUCUGCUACCAGACGCUGCUGGGCGUGGCCUACUGCCACAAGCAGGGCUGCCUGCACCGCGACAUCAAGCCGGAGAACAUCCUGCUCACCGCACAGGGACAGGUGAAGCUGUGCGACUUCGGCUUCGCCCGCAUGCUCAGUCCGGGUGAGAACUACACGGACUACGUGGCCACCAGGUGGUACCGGGCGCCGGAGCUGCUGGUGGGCGACACUCAGUACGGCACACCCGUGGACGUCUGGGCCAUCGGCUGCCUCUUCGCCGAGCUGGUGCGUGGCGAGGCCCUCUGGCCAGGACGCAGUGACGUGGACCAGCUCUACCUGAUCCGCAAGACGCUCGGCGACCUGCUGCCGCGCCACAUCCAGAUCUUCGGGCAGAACGAGUACUUCAAGGGCAUCACGCUGCCGGUGCCGCCCACGCUGGAGCCACUGGAGGACAAGAUGCCGGCCAAGUCGCAGCAGAACCCGCUGACCAUUGACUUUCUCAAGAAGUGCCUGGACAAGGACCCAACCAAGCGCUGGUCCUGUGAGAAGCUCACAAAGCACUCCUACUUCGACGACUACAUCGCCAAGCAGCGGGAGCUGGAGCACGUCAACAGCCUGGAGGCGGCCAAUCUCCGCCAGCAGCAGCUCGCCUCCCAGCAGUUCAUGCUGGCCACCGCGGCCCAGCAGCUCCAAACUGGUCCUGCCCAGGCGGCGGCCAUCGCCGCGGCCCGGGAUAAAUCAAAGACUUCAAACACAUCACUACCGCUGCUGCCUAGCACGCAGCAUCAUCACCACCCGCAUCAAGAUUACGUGAAGCUGCAGCCGCUGAACAAGAAUGCAAACCUGCUCCAUCGCACCGAGCAUCAUCUGCCCACAAUUUGAGUUUGUGCACGGAUUAUAACGAAGUAAUGUCCUUGAGCGAAAAUUGAGCCCGAAAUUUAACUUAUUUACUGCUGGGAAUAAAUGUGUAAAAGUA